AAAUAUAAAUGUGAUAAAUAAGUAUAGAAAAAAUCUUCAAUUAGGCCAUGAUGACUCAUCCCAUACUUAUUUUAACUACCACACCCUUCGGCCCCGCAAAAAGUGUAAUUAGCUCCUCCCUAGCUACAAACAACACGACCCAUUUUCUUCCUAUUCUAAUUCUAGUUAUUUAACGAACCUACAAAUUUCGACAAUAAACAAAAAGUGACAUAUCAAUUAAGAAGAAAAAAACAUGGCAAGCGAACAACAUCAAAUAAUAGAACAACAAAGGGAUGAGGCAGAGAUCUACGAGGGAGAAGCAAUGUGCAAACAAAAAUCACAGCUUCUCUUAGAUGAAAUUCUGUUUCCAAAAGGAUUGCUUCCUUUGGACAACAUUGUUGAAAUGGGUUACAACCGUGUGACAGGUUUCGUGUGGUUGAAGCAAAGACACGAGAAGGUGCACCGAUUCAAUUCCAUUGGUCGCACGGUUUUCUUUGACACUGAGAUCACUGCCUUCGUUGAGGAACACCACAUGCGAAGGAUUACCGGUGUUAAGACCAAAGAAUUUUUUGUAUGGUUCACUAUAACUGAAAUCUUCGUCAAUGAUCCUUCUUCUGAUAAGAUCACAUUCGCUAAUUCAUCUGGGAUUGCUAGGUCAUUUCCCUUCUCUGCCUUUACUCUCCAAGAAGAAUCCACACAUCAACAUCAAUAAAUCUUUUUUUGCUUUCUUCUUCUUUUAGGACACUUUUAUUUGAAUUCAGGAAUCAGAUACGUAUUUCAUAGAUUCUUGUGUUUCUCAGUUUUUUCAAUUAGGUUAGAUAUUUCUUUUAAAUAGUUGUACUACAUUUUCCUCAAAGAAUUAUUAUUAUAUUUUUUUUAA